AUGUUCCUGCCGUGGAUCUCCAAGUGCGACCUCGUGCCGACGUCUGCCGACUCGUAUGUGCUCAAGAAAUUCUCGGAAAAAUGCCAGCGCGGAAUGUGCUCCAUGGUCGUGAGCUCCCUCACGGAGGAGGGCGUGGACGUGAUGGCAGUUCUUCCCAGUGUCCACCAUAUCCGAUGGGCCAUGGAGGUCCUGGGCCACUCAUUCGCGCUGCCUAUGGACGACUCGGACGUCAUUUCUGGCUCUCUGGGCGUCUACCAGCGCUGGCUCGGGGUAGACGAAGAGGCGAAAGGCGGAAAAGACCAGAGGCCUGCUUGUAUGCAAAAGGUGGAGCAGACGUUCAUUCAGGACGUGCUGGGACAAAUGACACUGCUCUUUGAAGAGCGCUCGAGCAACGGUAUCCCGAGCGGAAUGGCAGAAAGCAACUUGGCUACACACGUGGAGCUGUGCACGAAAGUACUGGAGACUUUCGAUGCUCUCGUGAAGCACCGAGGGACACAGCUGUCCACGUCGACGUGGGAUCGGCUGAUCCGACUAGUUCUUGGGGCAGCGGACGGGCUACUGCAUAAUCUGCGCAAUCAAUUGGGCAACCACUUAUGUGGCCAGCUCGUGCGACUUUUGUACGAAGUGUACCUGCGGUCACUGCCGCAAUGUGGACCACGAGGAGAACUGUGGGGUCUGCUGCAAAAGUUCUGUCGACGAUGGAUUCAUCGGACGCUCGUGAUUGAGCAAUGGAAUGCGGUCACGCUUAAACUUACACAGAGGAUGAUGCGGCAGAUUCGCGACCAGAACGCAACUAAAGAGAUUGAAAUCAAUUGGGCAGACAAUCGACAGCCUUUCAAGUUUGAGUUAGAAAGCCCCAUGCUUGCCUAUGCGUGGUACCGUCUUCUCCGUGUGAUCGGUCACCCUUCUGCGAUUUUUGACCCGGACGUGUACCUUGCUGCUGUGAAAGGGGUGAGUCGACUUUCUGACGAGUUUGCGAGCAUCGAAAAGGUGCCUCGCGUUCAGUGGGAGCACGUGUUGGGUGCACUGAACCAAGCGCCGAACCGCGACAGCCCAAUGUUCCAAGGAGUGCAGAACGAUGAUGCCGAUCCGACGAACGACCUGUCCACAACAGCUACUCCGAAAACCGUGGAGCAACCGCGAGCCCCGCCUGAUGUUAACACGAUCCUGCGGCUGCUCGGACCCUGGCUGUUCGAUGCCUGCUUGACUCGCAAGCCACACUUUGCCGCUGGUCGUAGCGAGGCUCUUCGAUGUCUCGGGAAGCUCUUGUGCCGUUACUCCACUGGCCGCUCCAAGCGUGUGAAUUGGGCAUUUAGCGUCCGCAGUUUGAUGGCUUUACAAAACGCGCUACUUGACGAUGAUGAGCGGAUUGCAGCUUCUGCGGUAUACAACUGGUCAUAG